AUGUCGUCGUCGCAGCGACUGCUCUCAUUCAAUGUUGUAGUCCCGGCGCUUCUUGCUACCAAACUCGCAUUUGGGUUCUCAAAACUACCAGACGCCGUCCGCUAUGACCACCAGCUGUCGUCCCCACUAACUUCGUUCUCGCAACUACAGGAAGGACUGUGGCUUUUCAACCAUGGGAUUGACCCAUAUGCUGGAGGAACCUUUCGCCAUUCCCCGCUGCUGCUUGCGCUAUUUUCUACGAUUCUCCCGAGUUCAAGAAGCUUCGCACCGAUAAUAUGGGUGCUGUUCGAUGCACUGGCGGCUUGGGCGCUUGUGAACAUCUGGAGAGCCCGUCAGAACGUACCUGCGAGUACGCGAGACGGGAUUAUAGCCGCUCUAUACCUCGCAAACCCAUAUAUCUUCCUCCCAAGCCUCGCGUUAUCAACUUCGACAAUCGAAAACGCGCUAAUGUUGUUGAGCGUCAUGUUCGCUUCUCAACAUAAAUCCUCGGCAUCACUGCUAACACUCGCCUUCCUCACUCAAUUAUCCCCUAUUUCUAUCCUCGUCCUCGCACCACUCCUCCUGCUUCUGAUCACAGACCCACACUCCCACCUCGCCUCGCCCAAACCACUCACAGCAAGCCUGAAAAGAACACUUCCAUACCUCGGAGAAUUCCUGCUGUACACCGGUGCCCUCGCAUUCGCCGCUACACUCGUGACGGGUGAUUGGAACUGGGUAUCCCAAACAUGGGGAACAUGGAUAACCCUCCCAGAUCUCACCCCCAACCCAGGCCUCUGGUGGUACUUCUUCACAGAAAUGUUCGACCAUUUCAGGCCGUUCUUCUUGAUGGUGUUUACGGUGCAUCUGGUGAUCUACGUCGCCCCGCUAUGCAUCAAGUUCCAGCACGACCCGCUCUUUGCCCUCUUCCUCCUUCUGGGUGUACUAGGAACCUUCAAAGCAUACCCGACACUUUCCGACCCAGGCCUAUUCCUAAGCAUAAUGUCUAUCUUCCCUGAACUAUUCCCAUACAUGCGCCACCCAAUCGUAACGGGCCUCCUCCACCUCCACGCCGCCCUCCUCCUCCCGCUCUUCAACCACCUCUGGCUAAUCCAAGGGACUGGCAACGCCAACUUCUUCUACGCCUCCACACUGGUGUUUGCGUGCGCGAAUGGGAUGGCGGUGAUCGAUUGUUUGUGGGCGGGGAUGAGGAUUGCGAUUGGGAAGGAGGUAGAGGGAUAUUCGGUUAUUCAGGAUAAGUAG